CGAAAUAAUCGUGGCAGCCGUCGCCAUGUCCAAGUCUGCACGCAGUUCCGCGACAUCCCACCGUGGCGGAGUAGAGGAGGGAAGCCACAAGUUCAAGAAGAUAUCUGCAGCGAGUGACGAAACCAUUGUGAUCCAUGUAUGCGACGAAUUCCGUAAAGUGAACAAGGACUUUGUAUGCAACAAAGUGCUGCUGUUGGACAACAUGAAGUACUUCAAGGCGUAUCUGAACGAUGCGAGCAACCACGAAGACAUUGACAUUUCUGUGCACUGUGACGUGAGCAUUUUCGAAUGGCUUUUCAAUUACAUCCAUGCUGACGGCGCCACCACCAACAGCAAAGCGUCGCCGUCGACUUUGGCCGUGGACAACGUGACGUCGAUCUUGAUCUCGUCCGACUUUCUACAAAUGGACUUCCUCGUCUCCGAGUGCGCUUCGUUCAUCAGUCAGCAUUUUGAAGAGGUCGUGGGCAUGCCUGGGGACUUGCUUUGUAUUUCAGAUUCCAUUCUCGACAAGAUUGCCGCCAUGUGCACCAUGGAGCAGCUAGACGCGAUCGAAAUGUCCAAGGACAAGCUAUGCUACAAGCUGUACACCAAGCGCCUCCAUCGAAUCGUGUCGGCGUUGAAGGACAAGGAAGAUGGCGCGUCCGCCGCCGUGGAAUGCUGCGUCCUGUGCGGGGUCGUGUACUACACUGGCCACCGCGGAUUCCUCGUCUGUCGCCGAGCCAAGCUAAGCAUCGGCAGGCAUGGCAACAUUGUCGCGCGACACGAAGCCAAACCCGAAUGGAAGCUCGACGCGUGGGUGAAAUCCCUUACCAUUUCGUUUCCAGCGCGUCAGGCGUUCUGGAAGGUCUGGGGCGCGAUGCAGUGCUUGUACUGCGUGGACUGCCACAUGUACUUUACGGGCACCGAGCUCAACGAGUGCUACUACCACGACCCAAGCGAACCGACCAACGACGACAGCUGCUACGGGUGCUGCGGCGCCAAGCGCUUUGCCGCAGCCACACGCCCGUCAUCGGGAUGCAAAAUCAAGGCGCACACGUAUGCUUCCAUCAACUACUACUCGACUGAUUCGUCAGAGUAUGCCAUGCCAGAAGUCCUGGAGCGACUGCAUCAGCUGGUUGCGUCCCAUGCCGACUUGAUGGCACGGGAGCCACCUGCAACCGAUAUGGCGAGUCAGCAGACUGCAACCAAAUUCACAGGGGUUAAUGAGAUGCUGGCCGCGCAUGUGAAGCCCCAGAUCAGCAUGUUGGCCACGUGCGACGUCUCCAACGAGUUGAUGAAGGCUAUCAAGUCGAAUUUGCCAGAGGUGUCGACACCCCAGACAAGGAAACAGUGGAAGAUCGACUUGUUGCAAGAAAAGGACCGCAUUCGCGUGCAAAUGCUGUCGUCGGCACUCACAAAGAUGCGCGUCGAGUACAAGGUCGCCAAGGGGUCGUCAUGAUGCAAGAUUGCACUAACGUUAUCAAACGUUAAAUGAGUCCUCUUGAUGAUCCGGAUAAGGUUUGUUCUUCAACAAUGUCGUCGACGUUAAUUAAUUUCGUG